AUGGCAAAAGAGCAACCGUUCGAGCAGUUUUCCGACGAGGAGGAGGAACUGACUUCUUCGGAAGAGUCAGAUCUCGAGGAGGAGACCCCGCGCCAGCGCAAACCGAAGCCCGUUUUUGACGAAAAGGAUUCCGACGAGGAGGAGCUCGAGAAGUUGGUCUUGGGAGGGAAGGCCGACUUCCGCGAACAGCUUUUCCGGAACGAUGUGCUCGGCGAUAUCGAACGACUGGAGAAGGAGCAGAACCUUCAGCUCACCAAGCCCGACGAUCCCACACUAGAGGACGUUGCCGACCACGACCUCUUCUUCCUCGACACCGGCGUCCCCACGGCGAAGAGCUCUCAGGCCGGCAAGGCGGGCAAGCAAGAACCGGCGGCCGCAGAAGGCGCGCCUGCGUGGGAAGACAGCGACGACGAGCGAUUGACGGUCUCCCUGGCGACCGCUACGAGGUUACGAAAGUUGCGCCUUACCGAAGCUGAGGACGUGGUUAGCGGCGCCGAGUACAGCAGAAGAUUGAGAACCCAGUUCCUCCGCCUGAACCCCCUGCCGAAAUGGGCGCAAGAACCUGAAGGCCGGCCCGCGAAGAGGAGAAGACGCUCGUCCGCUGCCGCCUCCGACUCCUCCAUCAGCUCCGACGACGAGGGCAGCGACACGGAGCUGUCCGCUGCCCUCUGGAGAAGUUCCUCCGCGACGGACGCCACGGGCAAGACCCGCCUCAGGCCCGAGGUCAUCGACAUCCAGCGCACCCGCGAGAUCCCCGACACCCACAAGGCCGCCGUCAACAACCUGUCCUUCCACCCGAAAUACCCCGUCCUCCUCUCCUCCAGCGUCUCCUCCGUGCUGUACCUGCACCACCUCAACCCGACGGCCCACCCGACGCCGAACCCGAUGCUCACCUCGGUGCAGGCAAAGGGCGUCGACGUCCGCCGUGCCGAGUUCCUGUACCCGGCGGGCGACCAGAUCUUCUUCGCCGGACGGCGCAAAUUCUUCCACAGCUGGGACCUUGAGUCCGGCCACGUGCAGAAGACGAGCCAGAUCCAGGGCCACAAGCUCGAGCACAAGACCAUGGAGCACUUCAAGCUCAGCCCCUGUGGGCGGUACAUGGGCCUCGUGGCGUCGAUGAGGAAGGGCGGCGGUAUUAUCAACAUCGUCAGCACCGAGUCGAGGCAGUGGAUCGCCGCCGCGCGGCUGGACAGCCGGCACGGUAUCGCCGACUUUGCGUGGUGGAGCAACGGCGACGGACUCUCGAUCCUGGGCAGGGACGGCUCCGUCGGCGAGUACAGCAUGGUCGAGCGGAAGUUCCUCGCGGUGUGGCGCGACGAGGGCUGCGUGGGCGGCAUCGUCAUCGCGCUGGGCGGCCACCAGGGCCCGGAGCUCCUGGGCGACGACCGCUGGGUCGCUGUUGGAUCCAGCAGCGGUAUCACCAACAUCUACGACCGCGAGACCCUCAUCAAGACGUCCAAGACGGGCGAGGUCAGCGUCCAGGAGCAGCCCGAGCCAACGCGCCGCUUCGAGCAGCUGGUCACGCCCAUCACGGUGCUGACCUUCUCGCCCGACGGCCAGCUACUGGCUUUUGGCAGCAGGGAAGCCAAGGACGCGCUGCGUCUCGUCCACCUGCCCAGCUGCACCGUCUACAGAAACUGGCCCACGGCGCAGACGCCGCUGGGCAGGAUUACGAGCGUGGCGUUUGGACGGAGCAGCGAGCUUCUCGCGGUUGGUAAUGACACGGGCAAGAUUAGAAUGUGGGAGAUACGGAGUUAG